AUGGCAAGUGGAAGAAUUGUUGUUUAUGGUGGAUGCGGUGCAUUGGGUGCCGCUUGUAUUAACCAUUUCAAACAAGCUAAUUGUUGGGUAGCCAGCGUUGAUUUAAACCCAAAUGAUAAAGCGGAUGUUAACAUCACAGUCCCAAAGGACGCUUCGUGGUUGCAACAAGAAGAACAUGUUGUUAAAGAACUUGGUACAGCAUUACAAGGUCAGAAAGUGAAUGCGAUUAUAUGUGUAGCUGGUGGUUGGGCUGGUGGAAACGCAGCCAAGGAUUUAAGUAAGCAAGCUGAUUUAAUGUGGCGCCAGUCAAUAUGGAGUUCUACAAUUGCUGCCACCCUUGCUGCUAAAUAUCUUUCUCCUGGUGGAUUGAUUGCAUUAACCGGUGCUAAAGCUGCUUUGGAAGGGACUCCAGGCAUGAUUGGAUAUGGAAUGGCCAAGGCAGCAGUACACCAGCUCACAAAGUCCCUUGGAAGUAAAGAUUCUGGGCUUCCGGAAAAUUCAUUAGCUGUUGCCAUAUUGCCCGUAACACUGGAUACAGAAAUGAAUAGGAAAUGGAUGCCUGAAGCUGAUUUUAGCACUUGGACUCCAUUGUCAUUUGUUGCACAGUUGUUUGAUAAGUGGAUUAAAGGGGAAGAGCGCCCAGCGAAUGGAAGUUUGGUGGCACUUGUCACUAAGAAUAAUGUUACUGAUUUGAUUAUUCAAUAA